AUGCCGGAAGUAGUCGACGAAUUUUUCACAGCACGCAAUCUCUUGUACCUGGGCGCAUACGCGCAAUCGCUCAGCACGCUGGCGUCUCUGACGCGGCUCUCCCCGGACGCGCAAGUGGAGCGCGACAGCCUGCACUUGCCCGCCUCAACUACUUCGCCGGUGCUGCAAGCGGUGCGGCAGCUGGCGCAGCAGCACGCCAAUGGGCAGGCAGACCAUUCGAUAGUGCUUCGGCUGGCGGAGGAUCCGGCAGUGGCCAGUUCGGCGGUGUUUGCGGCGGUGGGUGCGCAGGUGCUGGCGAAUGCUGGGCAGUAUAGUGAGGCGCUGCGUCUGCUGGCGGGGCACCCGAAGAACCUGGAGUGCGUGUGCGUGAUGGUCAGUGUGUAUCUGCGGAUUAACCGGGCGGAUCUGGCGCAGAAGUUGGUGGAGCGCCUGGCAGAGGCGUGGGUGGGCGUGGUCAGGGGAGGGGCGCGCGAGGCCGGAUAUGUGUUUGAGGAGCUGGCGCAGGCGCAGGCGGCGGCCAAUGUCAGGCUGCUGGGAGCGCAGGCGGUGGCCAAGCUGCAGAUGGCGGAGUAUCCAGAGGCGCGCGGGUUGCUGGAGGAGGCGACCGAGCGCGAUCCCAGGGACGCCGAGACGCUAGCGAACCGGCUGGUGCUGGAGACGCUUGCAGGCGGUGCGGCGGACCAGCGCGCACGGCUGCUGGGGCAGCUGAAGGCAGCCAGUCCCGAGCACGCUUUUGUCAAGGACCUGGCGGCCAAGGAGGCCGAGUUUGACCGGCUGGCAGCGGAGCUCGGCAAGUAGUGUGGAUUAGAAAAUAAAUUGGUUGUUUUU